GUUAUAGCCCUUUCAUCCAAUUUACGGUGGAAGAAGAAGACGAGAACAAAAGUGUUCCGUUUCUUGACACUAAAGUUUUCAGAGCUGAAAACAAUAUUCUGUACACAUCGUGGUAUACAAAACCUGGGGCAUCAGGACGAUACUUGCAUUUUGCAUCGUAUCACCCCAUGAAACAGAAAAUUAAUUUAUUGCUAGGGAUGAAAAACAGGGUCUUACGUACGUCACAUCGUUCAAAAACGAUGGAAAACCUGAGAAAACUUGCUCAGUUGUUCCUUAAAUGUGGUUACCCAAGUAGGCUUGUUAACAAAAUUCUUUUUAAUAGAAAUAAUGAUUUACAAGUUCUUUCUCCUUCACAUUCUGUUCUUGAUGAUGGGUUAGGCAGCACUUCCCAUACAAACAAUGUUGUCAAUAAUAUUUCGGUUCAUUCAAAUUCUUCAUAUUUUUCAUUACCCUAUAUAGAAUCUAUAACUUGGAAAUUAAAAAACAUUUUUUCAGAUAUGAAUGACAUUCGACUAGCUUUUACGAAUAAAUUAAUUAUUAAAAAUAUUUUUUCUAGUCUUAAAGAUGAAGUUCCUUUAUUAUAUAAAUCUAAUGUUGUAUAUAGUAUUCCAUGUAAAGAUUGUCAAAAAGUUUAUAUUGGGCAGACUGGUAGGAGGCUUAAAGAUAGAAUUGUUUCUCAUAAAAGUGACAUUAGACUCAAUAAGAAUUCUUGUAUGUUGUCAAACCAUACAAAUAGUUGUAAACAUGAUAUUGAUUUUAACGAAGUAAGUAUAAAAUUUACAGAAAAUAAUUAUUUUAAAAGAAAUUUCCUUGAGAUGUGCAGCAUUUUUCAAUGUGAUAACACUAUGAAUAGACGUUCUGACAUUGAUAACUUAAGUAUCAUGUUCACAUAUUUGUUAAGUAUUAAUAAUAAUAAUUCUUCUAUUAAUGACGUUAGUGAAUCCAGCUUAUAGAAAUUAUUUUUCAAAAUUUAGCGCUAAAUUUCACUUUCUUCUUAUUUCUAAAAUUUACUUGUUCCAUGGUUGUCUCAAUCAUUUUGUUCUGUUUACUUUUUGUGUCAGUAAAAUUUUGGUUAUGAUUCUUUGGUUCAAUUAUGAUUCCAUGCUGCCACAUGGCUGAGCAAAGUUUU